UUAGGAGGGAAGACUGCUAGAAGGUUUGAUGCCCACCUUUUGCGCCCUCCCCGCAUUUCGCCUUUCUCAUCUUCCCGCUUCUGCGCAACUCUGCUCGGCCUAACUACCUGUCCAAACCCCCCGUGUGUGUCUGUGUAUUUCCCCAAGAGAGCAAGCAGCAUGUCGGACUACGGCUCACCCGGGGCCGGAGCGGGCGCUGGAGGCAAAAAAGAUGCUUUCGCGGACGCCGUGCAGCGAGCCAGACAGAUUGCAGCUAAGAUCGGAGGAGAUGCUGGACCUCCAAGUAACAAUGGAGGAGGAGGAGAGGGCUUCCCGUUCCAAACACUGAAACGUUCUCUGGAGGAUGGAGACCAACCAGAUGCCAAGAAGAUGUCUUCCCAAGGGGACAGAGACUCAGCCACUGCUUUGUCUAUCGGAGCUCAGCUCGCUGCCCUGUCUCAGCAAAGUGUCAGACCCUCCACUAUGACAGAGGAGUACAGAGUGCCAGACGGCAUGGUUGGACUCAUCAUUGGUCGAGGGGGCGAGCAGAUCAACAAGAUCCAGCAGGACUCGGGCUGCAAGGUCCAGAUCGCUCCAGACAGUGGUGGCAUGCCAGAGAGGAGCGUCUCCCUCACAGGAAACCCUGACGCCAUCGCGAAAGCCAAGAUGUUUCUGGAUGAGAUUGUAUCUCGGGGGCGGGGUGCUCCUUCCUCUGCUUUCCACGAGUCGACCAAUGGGCAGAGUGGCUCCAUGCAGGAGAUGAUGAUCCCAGCUGGCAAGGCCGGCCUAAUCAUCGGCAAGGGAGGAGAGACCAUCAAACAACUACAGGAGCGUGCUGGAGUAAAGAUGAUCCUCAUCCAAGAUGGUUCCCAGCCGCCCAACAUGGACAAACCCCUGCGCAUCAUCGGAGACCCCUACAAAGUACAGCAAGCCAAGGAGCUGGUGAAUGAGAUUCUGAGAGAGAGGGAUCACGCUGGCUUUGGAGACAGAAACAAUUUUGGCAACCAAAUGGGGGGAGGAGGAGGAGGUGGCGGAGGAGGAGGCAUGGAUGUGCCGGUGCCCCGCCACUCUGUGGGAGUUGUGAUUGGUCGAAGUGGAGAGAUGAUCAAGAAGAUCCAGGCAGACGCUGGAGUUAGGAUACAGUUCAAACCAGAUGACGGUGCAGGUCCUGAUAAGAUAGCCCACAUCAUGGGCCCUCCGGACCGCUGUGAGCACGCUGCCUCCAUCAUCAACGAGCUGCUGCAGAGCAUCAGAGUCAGGGAGGACGGAGGACAGGGGGGUCCUCCAGGUCCACCUGGCACGGGGGGGAUGCCUCAGGGUGGCCAUGGCAGGGGGCGAGGCCAGGGCAACUGGGGCGGUCCUCCGGGAGGUGAGGUUACCUUCUCUAUCCCCGCCCACAAAUGCGGCCUGGUGAUUGGUCGGGGUGGCGAGAACGUCAAGGCCAUCAACCAGCAGACGGGGGCUUUCGUGGAGAUCUCGCGUCAGCCGCCGCCCAACGGUGACCCCAACUUCAAACUGUUCAUCAUCAGGGGGUCCCCUCAACAGAUAGAUCAUGCCAAGCAGCUCAUAGAGGACAAGAUCGAGGCUCCUUUGUGUCCUCUAGGUGGUGGUCCUGGUGGACCUGGUCCUGCUGGUCCAAUGGGCCCCUACAACCCCAACCCUUACAACCCAGGGCCUGGUGGCCCCGGAGGACCCCCGCAUGGCGGCCCCCCAGGUGGUCAUGGUUACGGGGCCCCUCAGGGCUGGGGAAACACCUUCCAGCAGUGGCAGGCCCCUGGAGGGCCACACGACCCCAAUAAGGCGGCGGCAGACCCCAAUGCAGCGUGGGCAGCCUACUAUGCCCAGUACUACCAGCAGCAGCCAGGGGGCGCCAUGCCGGGCCAGGCCCCCAACGCCCCAGCAGCCGCCCCAGUCCAGGCAGACCCCUCCCAGGCAGCCCAGACCCCUGGAGGCCAGCCAGACUACACCAAGGCCUGGGAGGAGUAUUACAAGAAGAUGGGCAUGGCCCAGCCCGGUGGAGGUGCUGCAGCGGCGCCGGCUGCAGCUGUAGCCGGGGGAGGAGCUGGAGGACAGCAGGACUACAGUGCAGCCUGGGCUGAGUACUACAGGCAGCAGGCGGCCUUCUACGGCCCUGGAGGGGCUCCGGGACAGGCUGCCACCCCUCAGCAAGGACAACAGGCCCAGUGAACCAAAUCCAGCCAGUCUCCAGCCUGUCAGACGCAUGGACCGGGAGGACUGUCUCUUCACUGCAGCAGCAGACACAUCCCAUCCAGCUCUCUGGACUUUUUAAAUGUUUUCUUCUGGGUUUAAGUCGUAAUUCAAAAAAUGUCUAGUUUUGACGGAAGCAAAACCUUAAUUCCCUCCCUCAAAUACACUCCCAGUACCCCUCCCUCUUAUCCCAGUACCCCUUCUUCCCUUCCCCUAAAAAUUCCCCUUGUUUUUUUUUUCUUUAUU